AUGACCCGCCAGUCAAUCGUUCCACUUGGUUAUGGAAACCCUCCCGACCUUGGAUCUAUCGACACAGAUACUGAGCUACUGCAAAAAGUCUUCUCAGAUGUAUUACCUCUGCUCGAAGAUGACUCUGCUGCAGUUGACAUGGCAGAUGGUCAAACUGAUAUUAGCUCAGAAGAUGCUGUCGAACUGAGCAAUAACGAAGCGAAGAAGAGCAAGGAUGAGUUUGUCAACAUCCUCCUGGCUUGGGAUCAAGAGCACGAUCGUAUCGAGACAUCUCGCGGCCACAAGCCACAUGGGGUUCUUUUCAAAAGCAAAAGCGAUCUGAUUGCGCAGGUGCGCUCCAAUAUAUCAGGUACACAUAGCUGGGAUGAAGUCUUUGAGGCCUUGCGUGAAGCGGAAGAAGCAUAUAAGAGCCCGACCGGCUUGAAAGUCGCGCACAAAUGGUUCAGGAAAGCGGCAGACAAGUCCGAAGUAGUCGAGCCAUUUCUCGACUUUAUUCCAAGUUUUGACUUCUCUUCUGUUAUCUGUGGGGGUAUCAAGUUCAUCCUCAGGGCGUGCACAGCUUCCAAGAAGUUCCGCGAAGAAGCCUUCGAGCUCAUUGACCGACUUCCUGAGAAAGUCGAAAUUACCGGUCAAUACCUAGAGCUCUAUAAAGAUGACGCUCAGCUUCAGGUUGCAUCUUACAGACUGUUUUGUGACAUACUUUCGGCCAUUCAGAGCAUCUUGUAUUGGUUGACAAAAGACCAUACAUUCGAAUGGCUAAAGCCUCUUCUUCAACAGAGUAGAUACAACUGCAAGAUCAAAGAGAAGAUCAUCGAAUUGGGGCAAUCCUCAGCGCAUGUGGAGGGUAUUGUCAGAUUGUGUAACAGCAAGAGACUCCGAACCGUUUCUGACGGCGUUGGCAAGAUUCGCCAAGACACGGCUUGGAUCAGGAGAAUUUUGGCGACAUUCAUGCGUGGGCUGUGCCAGCAAGCUAAAUGGUAUCUGGAACUGAAGCAGUAUCGAAACGACCAUGCAAAGCAAAGGUUACAAGAAGAGCCUGAUGAGACGAUAUCACGAAGCGAAUUGUUGCUCCUAUUGGAUCCCGACGCGGUGACGGUUCAGAGCGCUCAUAAGAAUGCCUUGGAGAGGAUUCUGCGCAACGGACUCGCCAUGGAUGCAGAAGAGCAAAAGCGUGUUGAGUGGCUCAUGGCGAAUGAAAGCAUUGGUCGUUGGUUUAAAUCAACAAGGCCACGCAAACUCCUUGUCAACGGCUUUGGCUCUUUAGAUCGCAUUACGCCUAUGUCCUUUUUCUGUGCCAUGCUGAUCCAGAGCUUAAGCUCAAUCGGCUCCGUCAUCCUUCUCAGUCACUUUUGCGGCCUGGAGAUGCCUGAAGUGGGAACAAGUGGCCCCAAAGAUCGAAGAACAAGCGGCCUGCUGAAAAGCCUUCUGAUACAGCUUGUGGCACAGUGGGAGACUUCCAACAUCACCUGUUUCGACCAUGACUUCUUGGACACGUUAAAGGCAACCAGUCCAGGCUGGGGUCUGCCGCAACAGAUGCAGCUUUUGCGACAUCUUAUAGCUACGCUUCCCUCAACCACUCCCAUUUUCAUAUUCAUUGAUGGCACCAACUAUUAUGAGACUGUUCAAUUACGCGAUGAAACCAAACAAGUGAUCAAGGAAAUCAACAAUCUUCUGUUCCAAGAGGGGGUACAGGUUGUGGUGAAGGUUUUGAUCACGUAUCCAACUCGAUCAUACCAUCUCUAUGAGGAAUUCAGAAGGAAAGAGGUCGUCAACAUGCCUGAAGAUAUGGACGGAUGGAUUCUGAGAUACUGGGCUUAUGCGAUGGACAGUAUGAAAGAGCGUACCACGCCGAACACUCUCUGA